AUGGCAACCUCCACCUGCGACUACCAGGUUUGUUCACCGUCUGCCACUAAACUCGCGUCUGCUGCUGCCUCAUGGAAGGACGACCCAGUGUCUGCCUCCUUCCAACUCUUCAGUCUCAUUGAAAUGCAGGAUAGAUUCCUCGAACAAGUCCAGGCCAUAGAUGCCUACAUCCUGGAACUGACCGAGAAGAUCGUGAGAGAUGCAGCCAAUGGCGGCCAUGUUGGCCAUGGGUUACUUCUGCUCAACAGGAAGUGUGUAGCUGAGGGUGUCCGUCAGGUGUACCUACGACUGGCCACACAGAAGUGGAGACAAGUCAGGCAGUGCUACAACUUCAUCAGACAAAACUUCGAAGACCAAGACCAUCUUUCAGCAACUGAUAUGGACGAGCCACAUGACCACGAGGUCACCCAGAUUGCUCGCGGACUUAGUAUGGAGUGUUGUGCAUUCCAGAGAUCAUGCUAG